AAUACCUUUUUCUUCUUUAACUUUGACUGUGCUACCUUUCUAAUAUAGUGAUACUUCUCUCUCUAUCUUUAUUGCUUUCUGGUUGUUUGUUUCUCUUAGUAUAAUCUUCCUACAGUGACUGUACAUUGCAGUUUGUAACAUUACUCAAAAUUCAAGAAAAAAAGAGCAUUGUACAGUUCAUUCAGUAACAUUCAAAAAAGAGUGUACUGAGUAGCAGAAGUAGCACCCAAUCUUAAAUAAGGGGUAAGCAGUAGUUCUUCAUUAACACUUAUGUGACUCAAACUCCUGACAUAUCAAUUGGAAAUGGAGGCAUAUCACUAGCUGAGCUUAACUCUCUCGUCACCGCGAGUAUCUUUGGAAGUGGCCAAUUGUUUGAUUUCUAUCUUAUAGAUUGUUUCCUGGACUUUCUUUUUUAGCUUGUGUAAAUUUAAUUCAAUUCCAAAUAAUGGAUAUGGAUAGCAAGAAUGAUACUGAGCAACUAAAGAGGAAAGAGGAUGCUGCGAAUUAUCACUCGCCAAAUAUGUCCUUAGAGUGGCAAUUAAGUGGCAGCAACUUGACAAAUGCAUCCAUAGGAAUGAUCCCUAAAAGUGAUCCUAUGGUAGAUUCAUAUUAUCCCACUAUUUGGGAUCGGCCUACUAAUUCGCCAAACUUAAGUUUCUAUGGUAAUAAUGUUCAAAUUAAUUCUAGUACUACAAAUCCACCCGGAAUUGCAGAAAUUGGCCCAGGCCCUGCAAGAGGUGGUGUUGAUAGAACAGUUUGUAUGAGUUGGAAUCCACCUAACGCAAUGAUGAAAGGGGGCGUGUUUGUACCGCCUAAUAUUGGAAUGCUUCCUCAAAGCUUAGCUCAGCUUCCAGUUGAUUCAGGUUUCAUUGAGAGAGCUGCAAGGUUUUCGUGCUUUAGUGGAGGAAACCUCAGUGAUAUGAUGAACCCUUUUAGCAUCCCUGAGUCUGUGAAGCCUUGUUAUAGGGGACUAGCGCCAAUGUGCAGAUCAGAAGAGGUUUUUGCAAGCAACGGAUUAAACUCACCCUCUGCUAUAGACCCUCAGAAGCAGCAUAUGAGAAAUGCAGUUGAAAGUUCCAAGGAUGUUCCUUUACAUAGCGAGCAUGAGACCAAUAAAGAAAGCCCUCUCAAGAAUGCGAAAAAGAAUGAAAACACUGCUAGGUCUCAGGGUGAAGGAAAAGAAGCAGUUGGAUUGUCCGGAAAUGAGUCUGAUGAAGCUGACUGUAGUGGCCGUCAAGAGGAAAUGGGAGGCUUUAGGGAGGAGUCUUCCUCAAAGAGCCUUGGCUCAAAGAAAAGGAAAAGAUAUGGUCAGGAUGCUCAGCCUGAUCAAAUGAAGGGAACGCAACAACCGCCAGCUGAACGUGCACAAGCUCAAACUGAAACUCAGGGAGAACAAAACUUGAAUUCAACUGCCAGCAAACCCGGUGAAAAAAACAGUAAACAGAGGUCUCAAGCUUCAGAUCCACCUAAAGAAGAAUACAUACACAUUCGAGCUCGACGAGGCCAGGCAACGAAUAGCCAUAGUCUUGCAGAAAGAGUAAGACUUCAUAGUAGAAGCUUUAAUUCUUGGGAUAUAUACUUGUUCUUGAAGAUAAGUGAGGUGGUUCCGGUUGCAGGUAAGGCGANCAUAUAG